AAAUCCAUGUGUUAUUUACAUUGUAAUACUUUAUAAUGCUUUGGCAUCGAUGGGAUUAUUGAUGCUUUACCCUUAAGCAUGUAAUGUGAAUUAUGUGUAAAGAAGCAAAAGAAAAAAAUAUGAAUAAAAUAAUAAUCGACGACAACGUUAGUAACAAAGUUUCAAUAUAUAUUGUAAGCUAACAGGGUGGAGGAUAAAGACGAAACAAACGCAUCCGACGACCUGACGAAUGAGUACGCGUCGUGUCGUGCGCAAUGAAAAUCAUUGGAAACGAACAUUGAUGGAAUACACGCAAUUCGUCAAGUGAAUAGUUAAAAAAAGAAAACUGUUGUUGUGCUUAUCACAUCAGUCGUGCAACAGGCGUCAAACGGAAACCAUCGCAAAAUAAUCAGCGCGAACAUAACCCGAGAAAAUUGAAAUAGUUUUCAAUCCAACCAUUACACACACCACUAUUCGAAUGGUUAUGUAGCCUGCUAUAAAGCCAUUUUAUGAUUUUCAUUGUGAUUCAAACAUGUAAUUAAUGACAACGAUAUCGAAGUAUUGUGUUUUGUUUAUUGUAUCACCGGUCACAUUGAUUCCAGAAUGUGAAUAAAGUUUUCCAAUUAGAGUUGUUGACUUGUUCAAGUGGAUGUAAAAGUUCAUUGUUCAUGAAAAAUUCAAGUGAUUCAAAGACAAAAACAAGUCAAUUCUUUUUUUCCAUGUACGAAACGACAAAUCGUUGAAUAAAAUAUCAAUUUGAAUUUUCUGCAUUCGAAAAGCUUCGACACAAUACGAUAUAAUCUCUUGUGGGUGUGUUCGAUUAGGUGUAUUGUGUUACUCAUUAAAAAAAAGAAGUUCCUAGACAACGUUCAAUUAACCAUUUUUUCGUGGAAAAUCCAAUAAAAUAAAAACCAUUCGAUAAAAGUAAACAAGAAUCUUAUCUGAUAUUAAAUGAAGUCCAUAUGUUUUGAUGGCGUGAAAAUAUAAUUCGAAUCACAAUAUUCAGCCCAGCGAAUCGAUAAAGUGUCCCAAAAGAAGAGAAAGAGAGCGGAGAAAAAGGAGCAACAAAUAAAUAAAUAACGCGCGACUGUGAAUUGUGGGCAAAAGUAGCAGCAGCAGCACCAGCAUCGUUCAGCUAUCGGUUUUAUUGGAAAGUGAGCUAUGUAAUCAAUGAGUGUGCUGGCUUAGUUGCUGUUCUCUUUCUUUCUUUUUUUUAUCAUAUAAUGAGUUUCCAAGGGCGAGACAAUGAUAUGAAAUUCAACGUUUGUCCUAGCGAUAGACAGCUAGCAUUGAGAGCCAAACUAAGAACGGGAUGGAGUACGGGGAAAACAUCACAGGCAACGUCAUUGGAUCCAGCUGAGCGUGAUCGCAUUAUUGAAGUGAUACAGAGGAACGAACUGCUGGAAACACAAGAACGCGAACGCAUCGGCAAGAUUAUUGAACGAGUGGAAAAAAUUAAACAGAGGGUCGUUACGGAUUUUGGGCCACGAAACUGUAGGCUGUGUGGUCAAGGUUUUGGUCUUUUGAGCCCAUCGAAAAUCAUUUGCCAGGAUUGCCGCAAGCCCGUUUGCUCAAAAUGCUCCAUCGAACUUCAUGUUAAACAUGGCACUAACCUGCGUGACAUUUGGUUGUGUCAAAUAUGUUCGGAAACUCGUGAAAUGUGGAAGAAAACUGGUGCUUGGUUCUACAAAAGUCUUCCAAGUUACGAGAAACCGCAAAAAUUAUCAACCACUCGAUCGACCAGUCUCACGAAUGCUUCACGACCAGAACGGCCUCGAAAUCGUGGGAUCAAAGUAACGGACAGCAGUUCAGAUGAGUAUGACGAGGACAAUCCAAAAAAUGAAGCUGGCGCUAGUGUGCGAUCCAGUUCGGUUAGUGCAAAACGUAGCAGUUCAUAUAUUUUGGAGCGAAUGAAUAGUUUACGUUCACGACCAUCGAAUUCAACAUCUAGUUUAAACGAAGACGGUUUUUUCUAUCGAAAAUUGUCGUCACUAAAUCUGUUUGGUCGAUCGCCAUCCACGUUGAAAUGUGAUACCGAUUCGAAUGGCCAAUAUCCGGAUAACAGUUCGGUUUCGAUAAAUGAAUCCGCAUCCACAUACAAUGGGUCAGGUAUUCGACGUGACUCAGUAAGUACUUCAGUAUCAGAAACAUCAUCGAUGAAUGAUAACACUUGCCUUGGGGUCAUGACGAUGAACUCAAUUUCAAGUCAAAUUUGCCGAGAACAACCAAUGGGCUGGCUUGAUAUAUCGUUGGUAUAUAGCGAAAAUGAACACACUCUAGACUGUUUGCUGUUGCGAGCACGAGAUUUGCCUGCAGUUGAAAUUACAUGUCCACCCGAUCCAUAUGCACGCCUCAACAUCGUUACCGGAUUCGAUAAACUCAAACAGAAGAAAUGGCUUCAAACAAGAACCAUUCACAAGAAUCGAUGCCCUGAGUUCAAUGAAACCGUUCGAUUUUUUGGCGUAGAACCAGAAGAACUGGCCACAUCGCGAUUGUAUGUGGUACUUUUGGAUGAAGAUAAAUACGGUAGCGACUUUUUGGGUACGGCCAAAAUUCCUUUGGGACCAACUGCCGAAGCUGGUUCACAUCGAAUGUCACUGCCCCUAUGUAUUCAAGACCAAUAUUGCUUGGAAGCGAGCUUAGUGAAUCAUACGCGUGGUUCGAUACUGAUAGCUCUCUGCUAUAAUACGAAAAAACGAUCAUUGGCCGUGCAAGUGAAGCGCUGUUGUAACCUCUUGGCCAUGGAUAACAAUGGAUUUUCCGAUCCCUUUGUCAAAUUACAAUUAAAGCCCGACUCGCACCGCAACAAAAAAUACAAGACAAGUGUAAAAUGGCGAAAUUUGAAUCCGGUAUUCAACGAAGACUUCUACUUUGAAACACGUCCCAAUGAACUAGAUAAACAGUCAUUGAUAAUCACGGUUUGGGAUAAAGAUCUUGGAAAAAGUAACGAUUUUCUAGGUUCAUUGGUCAUCGGACAUGCGAGCAAGGGCAAACGUCUAAAGCAGUGGAAGGACUGUAUUCGACUGCCCGAUUGCUUUCACGAUCAAUGGCAUUAUCUGGCAAGUGAUCCGCAUCCAUUGAAUUAGAACUCAAUAUCAAAUUAUUAGAUAAGCUAAAAACUUUAAGAAAUUGGCACAAAAUCAAAAUACCCGGAGACAUACAAUUUUAUGUCGUUGCAUUUUAGUAAAUUUAGUUCCAUUUCAUAAAUUAAUUCAACAUCGAAUCAUAACAAAAUGGAUUAGGAAAAGCUUUUUUUUAAUCUAAUUUUUUUUUUCUUGUAUUUCAUUUUGACGUGUGCAUAUUAAUGCUGAAAACAACAACACUAACAAGCGUUCAAAGACCACUGCUGAAAAUAAUUUCAAACGGUUUAGUUAUAAAAUACACUUGAUUAAUACAUGUAGUUAUUUUUGGGGGAGACCAUAUGGUCUUGCCAGUGAUAUUUAAUUUGUAUGAUUAAAAUUCACUAUUAAAUUGCUUUUAUAUCAAUCC